GGUGCUCCGAAGGCCCGCCUCUGUCUCUCUCAGUAGUGCUGGCGUCGCCGCCGUCGUCUCGGGCUACUACUCUACCCGCGCUGUGUCGCGCUGCCAACGCCGCCGUCGAGCAGAGCCAAACCAAGAUAGAGCGUGUGCCGUUGUUGCGUCCUUGCCGGCGCGCUCCUCGCGCCUCCUCCGCGCGCGCUCCCGUGUGCUGUUUAUCUUCAUCGUCGUCGUCGUCGUUUACCACGUUUUGUGCACCACACCUAUACGAUUAAUCAACAAUAUCACUAAAACCGAUCGAUCGAUCGAUCCGUUACCGAUCCAACCUCCUAUCGCAAUUGGUGGCAGCAGCGACUGGCGAGUGUUUUACUCUUUCUCCGUUUCGGCUGAAAGAUCGCGGUUCGCGCGUGCGAGGGCAAAGUAUUUCUGUUUCUCACUGUAGGUUUUUUUUCUUGUUUUUUUUUGUUCUUUUGUUUUUUUGUUCGUUUUCUAUUUCGGUUCGGAGGUGUUCUCUUCGCGCCAGUACAUCGUAAACGACCGAGUCGCGAGACAAGGGGUAAAACCGGCACGCGAUGAGGCUGCUCGUGGCUACGACAGUGGUGUAGCCGGCUGUGGUGGGUGUGUGUCUGUGCGCGCGUGUGCCUCCGUCGCCAUGCCGAUCCGCGUAUCGAGGACCAACCGUGUGCUGUGCUUGUAAGUGCCGUACCGAAACGCGAGAGUCGCAGCAACGACAGAGACAACACAUUAAGGACGAUUGAGUCGAGAAAUAUAGAAGAGGAACGAAAAAAAAAAAUAAAUAAAAUUAAUAAAUAAAAAGAGGGACAUGCGAAACCCUGGCGGGGGCUCCUGUUCGCCGUGGCCGUCGCCGUGGCCGUCGUCGUCGUCGCCGGGAUGGUACUCCACCGCUUCGACCCGUCACUAUUGCGAUCUCGUUACCAUUGCCAAUAGAUCAUCGCCGUCGUCACCAGCACCGGCGCAUCAGCAGCUACGCAACAGCCAAAGCCCACAAUCUCUAGCGUGCAAAUAAAAAAAAAAGGGCCACGGCCGACCACAGUCCUACCGUUACUACUGAAAUUCGGAAAAGCGCGCGCUCCCGCGUGCGUGCAAGUUCACGUACACAUACGCGCAUGGUACCGGCGAAUUUCAAGAGCGCACGUUUUGAAGUUCAGGUAUAGCGAAAUAUACAGCAGCACGCGCGUGCCAUUCACAGGAGGGAGGAAGGAAGAAAAUUGUGUGUGCGCGCGUGUGUGUAUGUGUGACGUCGGUGUACCAUCGUUUAUAUGUGUGUGUACCUGUAAUGUACGCGUGCACAUGCAACGCAUCCGCAGUCAUCAAAGGGAAGAGCUGAAAAGCCGUGAGAGGGAGACGUGCGCGCGCGCCCAGACACACGCAUACUCGCCUCCCCCUCCUCACCCCCCGGUCCCCUGCGAAUUAAAUCGCACGGCGAAUUAUCGUGAUUAACGCUGCUGUUGGAGCGAUUGUUGUUACCGUUGUUUUUGUUGUUAUUGUUAUAAUAAUAAUAAUAAUAAUAAUAAUCGUUGUUGCAAGAAGUAACGAAAAACAAGUGGUGAGGUGAGAUCGAAGGAACGGGUGGGCACCAUCGUCGAGUGUUUCUCUGAUGGUCGGCGUCUCGUGAUCCGGACAAAGAUACAGUGUAUCGGAACAAAAACGCGGAAAACAAGUUCGCGAGUACAAGAAAGAAGAAGAAAAAUACACAGUGCGACAGAUAACUACAACGGCAGUAUAAAGCGUCGGGGCCUGUGUGUUGUUCUUGUUAUCAUUAUUAUUAUUAUUGUAAAUAAUAAUAAUCGUAUUUGCCAUUUAAAAGGAAAGUAACGAAAAAAUCAGCAUAAAUGGCGCUCUCGGCACAAAACCAGUCCACCUCCUACGUGAACCUGUACUACUCGAUCGUCCAGCGGGCGGCGAUGCGCUACUGCAAGGAGUACUACGGUUCCGAUAGUGGCACGCCGUACGUGUUGUACAAAGACAACAUGGAUAGGCCGCAGAGCCAGUGGGGGCCCGGGCCUGGAUCGCUCCAAGACGGGGCUGGCCUGUACGCCCAGCAGCAGCAGCAGCAACAGCAGCAGCAACAGCCGCCCCAACAGAGCUCCUCCUCGUCGGGUAGUCCACAGCAGGCCUGCGGCCCGCCGGUCGAGGGGGAAAACGGCACCGGCCAACCCACGAGCUUGGCCUCGCCCGUGCCCUCGCCCUAUCCCUCGGCGCCGCCCGACCAACCCCAAGCUCUCACACCCCCCGACGACGACAUACAGUCCGGCCAACAGCAGCAGUCCUCCCAAGCGCAACAGAGCGCCCAACAGCAGGUCCAACAGCAACAGGUCCAACAGCAACAGGGCCAAGUGCCCAGCAAUCAGGACCAACACUCGCCCCAACAGCAACAACAACAACAACAACAACAACAGCAACAGCAGCAGCAGCAGCAACAGCAGCAGCAGCAGCAACAGCAGCAGCAACAGUUGAGCGGCCACGAGGUCGAUAGGAACGAUUGUUUUCCCGGCUCGGGUGGGGACCUGCAGCAGUACCCGCAGCACUACUUCAAGGACUCGAGGCCGCACGCGUCGCCCUCCGUGCCCCCGCACAUGCUAGCCCCGGGCGGCUUCUCGGCUCUCCACUACCUCAAGCAGCCCGGCGUGAUGCUCACCUCGCUCGGCCAGUCGGAGGGUGGGCCCGGGGGUCUCGAGGCAGCCGCCGCCCACCAGUAUAGCGGGGCUGGUGGGGGUGGUGGGCCGGGGGGCAUGGCCGGCUCGGGUCUGCCCGACAUCGUCCAGCAGAACGGCAAGGCCGGAAAAUCGGCGGGCAACGACCUGAGGUUGUUCAAGUGUUUGACCUGCGGCAAGGAUUUCAAGCAAAAGUCGACCCUACUGCAGCACGAGCGCAUACACACGGACAGCAGGCCGUACGGGUGCCCGGAGUGCGGCAAGCGCUUCAGGCAACAGUCCCACUUGACCCAGCACCUGCGCAUACACGCCAACGAGAAGCCGUACGCGUGCGCUUAUUGCGAGCGCACCUUCCGGCAGCGCGCCAUCCUCAAUCAGCAUCUGCGCAUCCACUCGGGUGAGAAGCCGUACCAAUGUCCGGAGUGCGGGAAAAACUUCCGUCAGAAGGCGAUCCUGAAUCAGCACGUCCGCACACACCAAGACGUGAGUCCGCACUUGAUCUUCAAGAAUGGAAUGACACCGACCCUGUGGCCCCAGGACGUACCCUUUCCGCCCGAAGAAGGCAAAGAAGAGGUAGCCUCGACCUUUGGCGACACAGACACGCAAUCGGGCGCGUUCAGCCCGGCCCCGGGCGACGGAAGCUCCUCUCAGUACCCGGCCUACUUUAAGGACCCGAAGGGCAACAACCACGGGGUCUUUGGCACGGGUGGCUCCUCCGGGACCUUUGGCGCCCUCCAGUACAUCAAACAGCAACAGCAGCAACAACAACAGCAACAACAAAACGCCAAAGGCUGCCUACCCGACGUCAUACAGCACGGGCGCUCGGCAGGGAUGCCCCUCUACGUGCGCUGCCCCAUCUGCCAGAAGGAGUUCAAGCAAAAGUCGACGCUGCUCCAGCAUGGCUGCAUACACAUCGAGUCGAGGCCGUACCCCUGUCCGGAGUGCGGCAAGCGUUUCAGGCAACAGUCCCACCUGACCCAGCACCUGCGCAUCCACACGAACGAGAAGCCCUACGGUUGCGUCUACUGCGGCCGCAACUUCAGGCAGCGCACCAUCUUGAACCAACACCUGCGGAUACAUACCGGCGAAAAGCCGUACAAGUGCCAGCAAUGCGGCAAGGACUUUCGCCAAAAGGCGAUCCUCGACCAGCACACGCGCACCCACCAGGGCGACCGGCCCUUCUGCUGCCCCAUGCCCAAUUGCCGGCGGCGCUUCGCGACCGAGCCCGAGGUCAAGAAGCACAUCGACAACCACAUGAACCCCCACGCGGCCAAGGCUCGCCGGAACUCGAACGGUGACGCCAAGCCACCUGGUAGUAGCGCGGCCGCAGCCGCAGCAGCCGCCGCCGCCGCCGCUGCUGCCGCCGGCGGCGGACCGGCCGGCUUGGGGCCGGUGUCCGUGGCACGUGGCCUGGCACCUACGGUCGUCAAGCCCGAGCUCUACUUCCCCCAGUGUUACGCGCCGGCUUUCAACCACCAGCCGACCGUGUCCCCGGCGCAGUUCCCCGGCCAGUCGAACGUCGUCGCGGUCUCCGGUGAAUUCAAACCGCCGAGCGGCCUGCCGCCCCAGUGACUAGCCGUCCAUCCUGCGGCGUACUAGCAAGCAGGAAUACCGCUGAGAUUUCAGCGAUGCCUCAACACGACUACCUCGCACGCCACCCCGGCCAACGCAUCCGCGGCCGCUGCUGCGACGAGUAAC